UGACACUCCGUUUCUUACCCCACUCGGUUACUCACUCGGCUGGACGCUUUCAUCCUUGACCUUGGCUCAACUGAGUCCUGUGACGUCACAUGCUAUGUCAAGCUCAGAACGUGUUGUGCCCAAAAAUCAUUCAUCCCGCGCGUGAAUAAUAAUUUUCUUUAAUGGUUUUGUUGAACGGCAUUCUGGCCGCCGAUUCCACAUUGUCCAAACCAUGGAGAGAGUGGCUAGCGGAGGAAGACGUACGGCAGACACAACGGUAAUCUGCGUGUUGAGGUCGCCCCGUCCCCUGCUCGUCGCCACCGAGGAGUCCCGGCAGGAGGAUGAGUGACCAGUGUGAGUGACGAGGGUGGCGGCGGCUCAGAGGUGGGCGGCGGGAACUCAUCACUCGCGCCUCGGUCCGCCGGCAUUUUUAUUGGUUGUUGGUCAGGCCUUCAGCCCGCGCGGGCCAAUGAGCAUCAAGCAACAAGCGAACAGGCUAUUUUGCAUUCCUACACGUCAGACCGUUGUUUAAGCCUCAUUUUUAGCAAGACAAGUAUUAUAUUGACAGCUUUCAGUAGCAAACUGCACUUCUAGAACAUGUCCAAGUGCAAUACAAACGACGCCAAAGUGAACUUUGAACUUUGUCUUUGUAAGUUCCCAUUAAAAUGGCGACCAUCAGGUCAGUGCAACACCUGCAUAUUAUUGUUGAUACAAAACUGACACCGGAGGUAUGAGCAGGACAAAUGCAGCACUCAUGAUGCUGAGGAAAUGCAUGGGCAGGCGCAGGUAACCAGGUGCUACUUCUCACUUGUGCAAGUUGCAGGUGAAGAUAGUUGAGGAGGAGCGACAUGAGUACGAGAGGAGGAUCCCCAGGAUCUGCCCUGACCCACUGCAUGCCCUGAUGAAGGACAGACCAGGGGCAGGGAUAGAGGGGGUCAGGGAGUGGGGAGGUAGUGCACGUGGUGAGGGACGUGCGGGAUGAUGCACGUGGUGGUGGUGAAGGGGGUGUGCGCGACGGGGUGCGCGGGGGGGGGGUCACUGGCAACACCGCCGUGGCCGGGCCGGGGCGCGAGCCCACCGCCGCCCUCACACGGCUGUGCGCCGCCGCCUGCCUCACACCGCUGUGUCAGCACACCCACCGAUAGCGCUCUUGCGGCACCUCUCUUGCCGCACCGCCAACGUUCCACAGUCGUUGUCAGAGCGGCAACGUUGGUGUGCCAGUAAGCAGCGGCGGCCCAGCCCCUACCAGUGUCCUUACCACAGUGCCUCUACCGGCCAGCGUUGAAGUUCCGACGCGGCCCAAACUCCGCCCGAACCAUAACAUUCCGCCCACCCAGGAUACAAAUAUUGUAGUGCCUCGUAAUAAAGUUAAUAUUUUUCUGGCAUCAGCCUAUUCCCAUCCCCAAGCCUGGUCGAGGAGAUAAAGCAUCCGACCCGCACCAGUCCGGGCAUUACGGCCGCAGACUACCUGCCCUGGGAGCUCCACGCCCCUUGGACGCACUGCCCACUUCACGCUCAUCCGCCUCCCCGAUUCCGCGACCCCACGCGCCGCCCGACAUGAGAUGAUUUGUGUUUUGUGUGAUUUUGUGUGAAAGUCGUGGGAAAAUUUUGACAAGUUGUGCCAGGAAGAGUAGUGUUGUGGCGCGGCCACGCUGUACAGUUCCCGGGUAAAGGAAGGCGCCCACAAUACCAGGUGAAUUCGGGGUGAAUUGGGGUGAGAAUUUGGACAAAAAAGGCCAAACACGUAGGCUUGUCUGACCAUUUAUCAAAGGCGAGAAGUCGCCACCAGGAAAAGGGGAGACCUGCCAGAAUCAUAGCCGACAAUUUAUAUUAAUCUAAGAAAACAUACAAAGGUGACAAGUUUAAAAAAAAUCCCUCGGGACUCUUUGUUGGUUCACAAGUCUUGUGCUGCCACAGUGGACCAAAGUUCCCCGGAUUAGGAGGUCACAAGGAAGCAACACCGUGGCCCCUGCGCGUCCCUCCUGCAGCAGUGUUAUUCCUCACUCCAGGCCUGAGUUGGCCGUGUCCCUGGGUAUUCAUUAGAAGCAGUCAAUUCUGUGCAAGUUAUUCAGCUUGUGGACGAGUGGCUGUGUGUGUGAGAGAAGAGAAUAGUGAGGGAGGAGAGCAACCAAGAGGAACCCUCUGCUUCCUAUCAUGAGCGUCACCGUGUAGCGCCGCACAGUGAAGAGCUACUCACGCCGCGUCAUCGCCUCCGUUUCUCCACCUAGAAUGCAAUGGAGGUAGUGAGUGUAGCGGCCAACGUGGGGGAGGUGCUCGGGGGUCCCCAGACACCCGCCCCGCCCACCUUCACCCACGAGCACACCCUCCACGCUCACACCGAGCACACAGACCGUGUUCGGACAGACGAAGACGAAGAUGAAGAUGAGGGAGACUCAAGGAUGGACACAGACCAAGAUGUCGCCGUGGUCGAAAAUGUCCCGUGCGAACCGGAGGAGGCGUCCGAAGAGACCACCGAGCUAGACCUCGCCAUCCUCAACCAGGACAGCCAGACGCAAGCCCUCGAGGAGGAGUCCAACCCUGACGCGGACUCUGCAGCCCUCGAGGAUGACGUCACGGGCGACCAUAUGGAGUGUGACGAUUCAGAGAACGCUCCCAUGUACAUAGACGACGAUUCAUCCUCGCGCGCGUACCCUGAGACUGUGAGUGACAUGCCUGUGGGCUCCCCCUCGAUGCCCAUGCCCAUGCCCGAGUCAGGAGGGCGGCGCAAUAAGCGGAAGAACUUUAAACCGCGCAAUAUAGUAUACACAUACACGGACAGUGAGGACAACGAGGGCACGAGCGAUGCCGAGACACGCGCCCAGCACCCGUCCUCCGAUGCCAGCUAUGACCCCUCCUCCACCGACGUGCCUCUCGACCUCUCCGAGACGCCCACGAUGAGGCGCUCCCUCCUGCCUCGCCGCCUGGACGAAGCUGUCGAUCUGACGGGCGGCACAGCCAUAGGCAGUGGCGGCAGCGGGAACAGCCCCAGUGCCCACCCCCGCCUCAAUGCCUUACUGUCCCGCUCCACCUCCCCUGGCCAGCAGGAGGAAGGAAGUGGAGGCGGGGCUGGAGGAGGACCAGGCACAGGAGGACCAGGUAGCGGAGGUGGCGGAGGAGGAGGCGGUGGUGUAGGUUGUGGCAGCAGCGACGGGUCAGACAUGAAAGAAUACGCCGAGCUGACCAUGCGUCGCCUCCUCGGCCUCUACGGCCUCAACGACCUCACCGAGAACCUUGCAUUGUCUCCGGCAGCUAUCUAUCAAGGUAUGUGGCACACCUUCUGCUCACACACACACACACACGCACACACACACACACACACACACACACACACACACACACACACACACACACACACAUCUCCCAGCGUCAUCACUCAUGUUUUGUUGAACUCGCUGUUCCCAUCACCAUCAGCUGUUCUUCCACAUCCCUCACCCCCUCACCGUCAUCUCUUUUCCUCAUCGUUCAGCACACCAGGAAAUAUUGGAUCCCGACUAGAUGGUUCCCCCUCGCAGUGUAUCGAUAUCACAGAAACUUUCUUUUAAUUCACCUCCGUAUUA